GUCAUUCAGCUGAGCCGAGCCGACUGGCCAACUGGCAGAAAGUUUCGAUCAGCCGAGCGAUAUCCGCGCUUUUGCCUCCUGCGGCUGGCUUCUGAAAUUUGAAAAAUUUGCGCGGGCUUUUUAAUUACCUCCUGCGUCAAGGUCCUCGUCGGGAGGGCGCCGGCUUUUGUCGAAAAUUCUUUCCGCCUCGCGGGGAGAGACUUUCACUUUUUCGUUGUCGUUGCGAGUCCGAGCACUCGGCUGUUGGCCGCACUCGCGAUAUAGUAUUUGAAUUUCGACGCGAAUCACGCCUGCGCGAGGAGAGCAGCUCCGGACGAGGAACUUCGAAUUGGAAGCAUAGCGCGCAAAGAUGAUGGAAGCCUCGACGGGCCAGUCGGUGCUGACGGGCGAGUCGACGAAGAGCGACGGAUCCUCGUUCUUCUCCCUGCUGAAGCGCUCGGUCUCGGAGAAUCCAGAGCGCAUAGCGCUGCUCUUCGAAGACGACGAGGGGCACCAGAAGUCGCUGUCCUACAAGGCCCUGGACGAGACGUCGAACCGAAUAGCGAACCUCCUGAGACGCUACAGCAAGAGACGCGACGGCAUAAUAGCCGUGUCGUUGAAACCUUCGGAGAAAUUGCCGCUGAUCCUGCUGUCGAUUCUCAAAGCCGGGAUAUCCUAUCUGCCGAUCGACGUCGAGUUUCCGGUCGAUCGGGUCCAGCUCAUACUUAGGGACGCCCAGCCGGUGCUCUGCAUUUUGGAGGAGACAGCGGACAGCAGCGUGUACAAUGACGUGCUGACAUUGACUGUAAACGAUGUAUUACUCCGAUCGGAACACGAGUCGGUUGAAAUUGCAGUCGAUGAGAAUAUCUUCAAGAUUGCGAUUAUCCUGUAUACCUCGGGAAGCACGGGAACGCCGAAAGGCGUUCGUUUACCUUACACGGCGCUACUCAACCGGCUGGCUUGGCAAUGGAAAACUCUGCCCUACGCCAGCGACGAGGAUUUCUGCAUCUUCAAGACGGCCUUGACGUUCGUCGACAGCGUUUGCGAAAUUUGGGGACCGCUCCUGCAAGGUCGCACUCUCGUCGUUAUCUCCAGGCACGUAACGAAAGACCCGGAGAGGUUUACCGCAGCUUUGAAUAAGUACAAGAUCCAGCGCAUUGUUUUGGUACCCUCGUUGCUCAAGUCCCUGCUGAUAUUCCUGCGUCUGCAGCAGGACAAAAGAAGCCUCGGCUCGUUGAAGCUGUGGGUCUGCUCGGGGGAGACACUGGUCGCGUCGCUGGUCCAGGAGUUUUUCAACUGGUUCAUGGACGAGAAGAAGACCAUCGCCAACUUCUACGGAAGCACCGAGAUCAUGGGAGACGUCACGUACCACUUGAUAAACAAAGACGACCCGUACCUGAAAGAAGGCAAAAUUCCAAUAGGAAAACCCGUCGACAACUGCAUCGUCUACAUCGUGGAUCAGCAAUUGCAUCUCGUGGCACCCGGUGAAGUUGGCGAACUGCUGAUAGCUGGAAAAAAUUUGGCCGACGGUUACAUUCACGACAGCAAUUCGCACAAGUUCAUGCAGAAUCCGUUCUCCUCGAAAUCUGACUUCUUGAAAGUAUUCCGAACCGGGGACUUCGCCAGGAUAAGCGACGGUCUGCUGUUCUACGAAGGACGUCAAGAUACUCAGGUCAAAAUCAGAGGAUAUCGAGUCGAUCUUUCGGAAAUAGAGAAGGCAGUGGUGAAGCUGCCCGUGGUUAAAGAUGCCGUAGUUUUGGCUUUCACGUCUGACACAUCCGAGCAGGUUUUGCUGUGUUUUAUCGUGCCGAAACAAACGGACAAGAGCGUCGAUGCCAAGGACAUCAAGCAGCUUUUGGAGCAGAGUUUGGUGUCUUACAUGAUACCAGAAAUAAUCCUGACGGAUAACAUCCCGCUACUCAUCAACGGAAAGACGGACCGACAGAAGCUGCUGGGAUUCUACAAAAAUUCUAAAAUAAAUGGCGAAGCUGAGAAAAUCGAUUUCAAUUACAACAACGUACCGAUCACGCACAUGAUGAAAGCUAAAAUUCUGUUCUCAACCAUAGCCUCCACUAUUGGUAUCAGCGACAAACGAAAGAUAAGCGUCGACUCCAAUUUUUACGAACUCGGUGGCAAUUCCUUGAAUUCCGUUUACACAGUCCUGAAGCUCCGCGAGAAAGGAUUCCACAUCGGUAUAACCGAUUUUAUAACGUCGAAGUCUAUCAAAGACAUUCUGUUCAAACUAGAAGUAGACAGUUCCUCUGAGACCAAUGAGGAUGUCAAUCCUCAACAAUAUGUUUUAGAAAUGUUGAACGACAGUCACAAGAAAGAAGUAAUCAACAUGAUCACAGAGAGUUUCAUCACGAAGGCCGAUCUCGAACGAUGGUUACUACCGGAUAUCAACAAAGAAGACUACACGGUUUUAAUGGAGCAGUUAUGGGUGCCUUUGUUGGAGAAAAACUUUAGCUUCGUGCUCAAAUCUCCAAAUAACGAACUGGUCUCCGUUGCUUUGAAUUUCGACGCAAGGGACGAACCGGAAGUCGUUAUACAUUCAAAAUUGAACAUAAUCUUCGACUUCUUGGAACACAUCGAACAGCCAGUAAGAGAGCAGCAGUUGCCGAAAGGAAAGAAUAAAAUAUUCCACACUUUCAUGAUGGCAACGGGUAACGAGCUCGCUGCAUCGGAGAACGUUAUAGUGAUGCGACUGAUGGAGCAGCAUUGCUUGGAAGUGGCCAAGAAAAAUAAUUUCGCGGGAAUCUUGACUACGAACACGAGUCCCCUGACACAACAAUUGGGAACGGAUGUCUUCAACUACAAGGUAAUGUUAGACUAUCAGGUAAAUCGGUAUGUUACUCCCGAGGGUUCCAAGCCCUUCGCAAAAGCCCCCGACGAUCAGCGGGCCGUUGUUUCAUGGAAAGAAAUCAAUUACUCAAAAUAAAUGGCAUGACGUGAGUGUGUGUAAAAUAGUUAAUAAACGCGCGAAUGAUCGUAUCAAAGUAAUAUAUAAUUAAAAAAUGAUAAUUAAAUGUAAAGCUUCUUCUGUUGAAAGCGAAAGUAGCACUUGAUAUAAAUGACAGUAUUUUUGAAAAUAA